UGGUCAUCGUGGGUCGUGAGUCGGUAGUCGUGGUUCAUGUUCGUGCUUUCGUUGGUUUGCGAAAAUGGCUAAUGCUACAGACGAGCUAACCCUCUUGGAGCGCGUGUUCCUUCGCAUUGGUUCUGCAGAAUCAGAUGAACAGUUACAGAGUGCAGUAUCAAAAUUUCUUCCACCAGUGCUAUUAAAACUGUCAAGUCAGCAAGAUGGAGUUAGGAAAAAGGUUAUGGAACUGCUUGUUCACAUCAACAAACGAAUCAAAAGCCGUUCAUUGGUACAGUUGCCAGUGGAAGCCUUACUUCUGCAAUAUCAGGACCCAGCAGCAAGUUCUUUUGUUACUAAUUUUACAAUAAUCUAUAUCAAAUUGGGCUACCCAAGAUUACCGGUGGCAAAACAGGCGGAGCUGGUGCCAUGUGUUCUCAAUGCUUUGGAAGGCAGACCUCAGUCACAUCAAGACAGCCUUUUGCUUAUUUUAAUGCCAGUACUUGGUCAUGUUACUGUACCAGCCGACCCAGAGAAGAGAAGUGUGCUGUUUGGUCUUAAUGAACGCCCACACAUUUACAAGCUACUUGCAGACUUUAUGCUGGAUGUGUUACUUCUGCCAUAUGGUGCAACUGCGCAGCAGGAACAACACCAAGAGCAAGCACGGAGCAGUCAGCAUGAAGAUGCAAGUAACACUUCUGCAAAUUCAUUUCCUGUUCCUCUAGGCAUGAGUGAAUAUAGCUUCAAGAGAGUUACAGCUGGGAAUCCACUGACAUCAGAAGAAUUAGAACAGACUAAGCUGGGUAUUGUGAAAUUCCUAGCAAGUGGGGUCAUGACUGACUCUGACAUUCUUUGUCAUUUGAUAGUAGCUGCAGCUGAUACAAGAUUCAGUGUUGCUAAUGCUGCAGAUAUGGAGCUGAAGAAGAUUGUUGGGUUACUAGACUGGGGAAGCAUGAGCCUGACAGCCCCUCUCUACUCAUUAUUUUUGGGAACGCAGCUGGUAACUGCAAAAUCUCGUCUGAAUACUAUCAAAGUGGACAAACGUUGUUCUCCAGCGAGCACACGGAUACGCCUCAAGAUCCUACCAUACCUCUGCAGGUCAAGAGGAUCUGCCCUUGUUUUCCCAGCAUGUAUUCAAGUAUUUUUUGAUUCAUUGUAUGGAACCAACACAAGUCCUAGGCUGAAGAAUAUGGCUCUGCAGUUUUCAAUGCUUAUAAUUUUAGGUGCAAAUAUUCAGCGUCUCACCCCAGUUGCUGGAGUGUUACUCUCUGGGUUGCUGAAGCUGAUAGCUGAGGAUGAUAACUCACUGAAGGUUCUGGCAUAUAGUGCUGUUGGGAAAUUGGGCAGUAGGGUUCCUCGUGUAGUGAACAAGGACCUUGCAUUGCUGCAGACAUUCUUUGAAGCUUUGCUGCAGGAAGAUCAGGAUAUUCGAAUGUCUGUCCGAGAAGCCCUUCUUAGCAUGGUGGAAGCUUUCCAUGUUGGACUGGAUGAUGAAAGCAAGGAGUGUUCUGAUGUUAAGGCAACCACUGAUGGCAGUGGUUCUGUUAUCGGCGGUCAGUGUCAGACUAUGAUGCAGGCUUUGCUAGCGAAUCAGGUGGAGUCAAAUGAGCCGAUGGCUAGAUUUGUUGCUGUCAGAUAUGCAGCAUCUGUCUUUCCAUUGAACCAUGCACCUUCAAGAUAUCUGCUGCUAUUAGCUACUGGAGAUAAUAAGGAUGAGGUUUUUACUGAAGCUCUAAAAGCACUGUAUGGCCCAGAUCAUGGAGUGGAGACAUCUGAGGGAAGUGGAGUACUGGAGAAAGGUAGAAGUGAAGAAAGCCAGAAGCAACAGCAACAGAAUUCUGGUACUAGUGAUAAGAGCAGAGAAUUAAUUUUGCCACAGUUCUGUGAUAUGGCACAGUAUCUUGCAGAGCGAGCAGUUAUUCGGAUGGAAAGCGCUGCUAGUCGUUAUGUAAUUGGGAAUCACACUUUGCCAUUCAGCCCUGCCAGUUUUGUGGAGAUGCUGACUUACUUGCGUCUGUGCCUUGCUCGGAGCGCUGAUGUGCAACUGAAAAAACGUGAAGUUAUUCAACAUCCUUCCCAGUUCACACCACUGAUUAGUAGAUAUUUGCAUCAGCUUCGUCAAACAUUCACUGGCUGUGGGACUUUGGAUAAAUAUCUGAGCUUGAUUCAACAACUUCUGACAGCAAGUCCCAGUAUUGUGCCAUUGGCAUGCCUACUAGAAUUAGUAGGCAGUGCACCAGAUAUAUUAGCAGGGAACUUUACUGGCAAACUCAGUUGGUUGAAGGGACUUUUGUUUUCUGCAAAGGAAGAAAUGCGUGAGAAAUCUGCACUUUUAUAUGGAAUAAUUAUUGCUCAUGGACUUGAUGAUUUAGCAUAUGAAGAAGCUGUGCAGGAUCUGAUAAAUUGUGUGAAAAGUAAAAGUCCUUUGGAAGCUCAGCAUGGUUGUUUAUUGGCAUCAGCACAUGCAUUGGAGAGGAAGAUCUCUAUAAUGAAGAGAGAUAAUAGUUCAUUGGUCAAUCUUUCUUCCUAUGCUGUUUACAAAGAAGGAGUUGAGGCAAUAGUUUUCCACUUGAAUCACCAACAUGCAUUACUUGUCCUGGCUUCCUGUAUUGCUAUUGGUGAACUGGCUCGCUGUGCUCCUUUACCACUCCCUAGCGGAUCAUCAUCUGCUUCAGCGGAGGAUAAAAAUAUGGCAAUAUGGAAGCUAGAUUUGGUGAAGAAGCUGUUUGCAAUUAUGAAUAAUGGGAAGAUAACAACUAAGGUGAAGGAGCAUGCUGCUAUGGCAGCUGGGUUCUUGUGUGUCGGGGAAGAAUUCCCACAUAGCCGCGACAUCAUUCAGGGCUUCCUUGACAUGGCAAAAGAGACACGAGAUGUGGAAGUCCACUUUACUGCAGGGGAUGCUCUAGUUUGUUGUGUCCAGGGAGUUAUGUCUCCCUUUGCUCGCAAUGUGUGGACUACCCUUGAAUCAGAAUAUGAGCCCCAUGACAUUGACGCUGUUCUUGCUGCCAGAAACCAGGACUUAGAGUGGUUGCUUGAUGAACUGCUUAACAAAUUUGCUCCUAAGCCACAUCCAAAUUCAAGACAGGCAACUAGCAUCUGGCUGCUUGCACUUUUGAAGCACUGUGCGAACCGUGAGCCUGUUAAGCAGAGACUUGAUGUUAUGCAGAAUACUUUCAUGGAUCUUCUGUCUGAAAACAGUGAUAUUGUUCAGGAUGUAGCCUCAAAAGGUCUGGGUCUUGUCUAUGAAUGUGGUGAUGAAGAAUCUCGUAGUCGCCUCGUUAGUCAGUUGUUGGAUCAGUUGAUGUCAGGGCGUCGCAGUGUGACGCAGGUUACCGGUGAUACGAAACUCUUCGAGGAAGGAACUCUUGGAAAAUCACCAACAGGUGGUAACUUAUCAACUUACAAGGAAUUAUGCUCUCUGGCUUCUGAUUUGAACAAGCCUGAUCUUAUAUACAAGUUUAUGCAACUUGCUAAUCACAAUGCUAUAUGGAACUCAAAGAAGGGUGCAGCAUUUGGUUUCUCAACCAUAGCAUCAUCAGCUGGAGAACAGCUCUCCCAGCAUUUGCCCAAGAUUAUCCCACGAUUGUAUCGCUAUCAGUUUGAUCCAACUCCAAAGAUUCAGAACUCCAUGACCAGCAUAUGGCAUGCUCUUGUGCCAGAAACACAGAAGACUAUUGACUUGUACCAUAAGGAGAUCCUGGCUGAUCUAUUAGCAAACCUAACAUCACCUCAGUGGCGUGUCCGCAUGUCUUGCUGCCUUGCUUUGGCAGACUUCCUUCGAGGUGGUGGCAGCAAGAGCCUGUCUGAUUCUGUAGAUAGCUUUCCAUCACUGUGGAUGCAGCUGUUUCGUGUCAUGGAUGAUGUUCAUGAGGGGACAAGGCAAGCCGCAGGAAAUACUACCAAGGUGUUAUCAAAGUUAUUUGUUCGUUGUUGUGAUGUGAGCAGUGGGAAGGCUGGUGAGGAAAUGCUGCGAACAAUUCUGCCUGUCCUGCUUAAUUCAGGAAUCUGUAAUCCAGUGUCUGAAGUACGAGCAAUUAGUUUGCAAAGCAUAUCACAGCUGGUGGGAUCAACUGGGACUCUGCUGAAGCCUCAUCUCCCUCUCCUUAUACCUGCUCUCCUUGAAGCUACUGGAGAAUUGGAAUCUCGUGGCCUUAGUCAACUGAGCGUACAGUUUGGGGCGGAACGCCAGACGCAGGAAGUGAUAGAUGCUGUGAGAGCUUCGGUUGCUAAGAGCCAUUAUACCACUGAAACUGUGGCAAAGUGUCUUCAGUAUAUAGAUGCAAGUAUUUUAGGUGAGCUGAUACCAAAGGUGCUGGAACUCAUGAGGAGUUCUGUGGGUCUUGGAACAAGGGUGGCAUGUGCCCACCUAAUAGUAUUGUUGACUUACCAUCUCAAGCAGGAAUUGCAGCCAUAUUCAGGGAAACUUCUGGCAGCCCUUGUGAAUGGUCUGACAGACAGAAACGCUGUGAUCAGGAAGAAUUAUGCUGUCACUAUUGGCCAUUUGGUUAGCACUGCCAAGGAUUCUAGUCUUGAAAAACUCUUUGCUAAAAUAAAGACUUGGUACUUUGAGAAAGAAGAUGAAUCUGUGAGGUCAGCUUGUGCAUACACGUUGCAAGCAAUUGGUCAACACAAUCAAGAUAUCCUGAAGGAACACAGUUCAGUUGUUAUACCAUUAGUGUUUUUUGCAAUGCAUGCCAACAAAAUUCCAGAAGGCAGCAGUGUUGAUGUUUGGGAAGAUGUAUGGCAUGAAGCAACCGCAGGGCCAGAAUCGGGAAUCAGGCAAAAUAUGUCUGAGAUUUGUGGUCUGCUGAAACUUGCUUUAGAAUCUCCAUCGUGGACAAUGAAAGCUCAGGCCGCAAAUGCUGUCAGUACUGUGGCAACCAAGACUGGACAAACCAUGUCGACUGAGCAUCGUAAUUCACUAAUUAAUAUCCUAGUGACUGGUUUAAACGGACGAACAUGGAAUGGAAAAGAGAACCUUCUAAAGGCCCUGGCUACCAUUUGCUCCAGUUGCAAGAUAGAGUUGAAGCAGGAAGAGCUCAGUUCAGUGGUGGAUACGAUAGUUGAUGCUAUGUUGAAAGAAUGUUGUAAGGAACAGCUGGCCUAUAAGCAGCAUGCUCUGAAAGCAUUGGGUGAUGCUCUUUCUGCCUUAGAUAUUGACCGCUUUGACCAAGUUUAUUCCAUUGUUGAAGAUACAUUAGCUAAGGGGAAUGGAACGGAGGAGUCAGAUGAUGAAAGAAGCUCAGAAACAAACUCACAGAGGCAGCAGAUACUUACACAGCUAACUGAAACUGCUUAUGAGACUCUUGGCAAAGCCUGGCCUAGCAACCAUCUCACUCAAGUUCAUUAUCGUGAGAAAGUGUUGGAUCAAUGUGUAUCCUGCUUGAACAACAGUACAAGACCUGUACAGGUGGCCAUUGUGGCAGCCCUGAGGUGCUAUGUUGAACGCUUGACUUUACUUGAUGGGUCAACGAUGCUGGAAGAAGGAGACAGAGAGGUGCUAGACAGAAUACUUAAGAAAGUAUAUCAGGCUUUAGAAUUUUCAUUAGGUAUACUGAAGCAUGCAAGACUGAGGAAAGAAGCUUUAAAUGUGUUAUAUUUGUUAGGAAAAAAAUUGAAAGAUUUGAAUUGCACAGCGGAAUUAUGCAACUUGUCAGUGACAUUUGGACCAUCAUUGGAAGAGUGUAGUAAAGAUAAUACCCCAGAAAUCAAAUCUAGAGUCAUUGAUAUCAAGAAUUUAUUAAAAGCAUGAGCUUGAAGUCUUACUGGUUAAUGAACUCUUUGUAUACAUACAUUUUAUGAAUAUGGAACUGUGGGACCAUUUGUAUUUAAAAUAGUUGCCAAAUAUGUGGACUGUUAAUUAAUUUAAUAUUGUUUUUAAAGAACAGCAAUGCAUUUUCGGUUUGUGAUAGGCAUUAUUCCAUUCUUAUGUCUAUGGUAAACACUUGCCUGUUGGAAGAAAUAAAGCUGGAGAAACAGAUUGUCACUAGUGUUGAGAGCUAAUUUAUUGCAGCCUUGAUUCUUAAAUGAAUGUUACAUGUUAUGAAGCGGCCCAGAACUGAAAGAGACACUCUGUUUACUAAGAAAGAUGCAGAACAUAAUGCUCAUAUAGGUGCACUAUACUUAGCAUUGUGUGUUAAGAAAAUUUGUUAAGCUUUUCACGAGAUAUGUAACUGCUUUUCAGUAAUAUUGGUGGCUUGGUAUUAUCAGUAAAUUGACCUCCAUAUAGCAAACUUCUGCACUGAAACUCAGCUGCAGAUGUCAAAACCAAAAUUUUGUAGUUACAUUUCUUGCACGUAACUAUUAAAUUGCCUUGAAACAGUCAUGAAAGCAUUUUCUUGCCUGAAUGAAGAUAGGGGUGAUCUUACAUUGUUCAUCCUAUCCAUUUCACAUGAGAGUUUUUGAAAGGAAUAUUUUUCAUGUUGAAAUCUCUAAUGUAAUGGGUACUGGUGGCUCUUUCCACAGGGGUAAGGUGCAGAGGCCUGAAGUUGAUUGCUCACAUUCAUCCAGUGCUGGAGUUAAUAAGGGUAGAACCACACCUUCACUCCUCUAUGUCUUCAUGGCAUGAUGCUUAAUUAAUUAAGCACAGGGAGAGGCUGUUGUCUGUACUGAACCUUAUUUCAGUGGAACUCAGGAGUUUGUUGUAUGGAGGUGUUCUGCGCAGAAGAGUCUGUUACAUAGAGACUUCAUAACAAUUAGUUCAUAAUAAAUGCAGUGAAAGCAGAGCUGUUGAAACCUCUCUAUGUUAUAUGCAAUGUCUGUAUAGAAGACUGCAGGUAAUGGAUUUCAGAGCUCCACAUUGGACAGUCGGUAGUGUAAAGCUUUAAGUACACGAAAAGAAUGUUUUGUGUAAUGUAUGUAUUAUAAGCAGACUCACAGCAUUUUGACUUCUGUGCUUAUCCUUCAUUUCUCUCAGUAUGAUUAUACUGAGUUCGUGUUUUUAUAGGCCCCACAGUGGCAUAUUAUAUGAAUGGCCAUAGAUACUGUACAGCUGUACCUCUCUGUUCAGAAGGAAUAUGUUGUUCACAAGAUGAUUAUAAAAAUGCAAAAAUUUGCAGAUCAGGUCAUGGAGUUUGAUAAUAUAUGCGGAUAUUCUCUUUUGACGCA